AUGCCUCGGAGUCCUACAUCCAGUGAGGAGGAGAUGGCCCAGAGUUUCUCUGACGGCUCUGGAGGUUUUGAGACAGACAGCUCAAAGGAGGAGCCUGGCCAUGGAGGACCUGGAGGGGAAAGGGCUAGCAGGACAGACAGGAGGGCAGAGAGGGACAGGGCUGCCCGUAGGGAGUCACUGGAAUUCUGUGUGGUUAUCCCUGACCUGCAGCAAUCUAAGUGUAUGAGGUUUAAGCCCGAGGCCACAGUGUGGGUUGCUAAGCAGCAGGUCCUGUGUACACUGACCCAGACUUUGAGGGACGUGCUGAACUACGGCCUCUUCCAGCCUGCUGUUGAGGGCCGAGAGUCCGGCUUCCUGGAUGAGGAGUGUCCCCUUAAAGACUACCCCACUCCCACCAACACUAAGGGGAUCCCCACUCUGGAGUUCCGUUACAAGAGCCGGGUCUAUCAACAGCCCAAUGUGAACGAGAAGCAGAUCGCCAAAAUCCACACGCAGGCCAACUACAGGAAAUUAAUGGAUCACAUUCAGCAUCACCAGCUGGAUAAACUAGCAAAAAUGCUGGAGAAAGGCCUCGAUCCCAACUACCACGACCCAGACACUGGUGAAACUCCACUGACCUUCGCAGCCCACCUGGACAAUGUGGCGCAGGUCGUCGUGGUACUGAAAAACGGUGGAGCACAUCUUGACUUCAGAUCACAAGAUGGGAUGACCGCUCUCCACAAAGCAGUCAGGGCAAAGAAUCAGGUCACACUGAAGGCUCUACUGGAACUAGGUGCCUCCCCAGACUACAAGGACAGCCAAAGUCUGACCCCCCUGUACCACACAGUCCUGGUUGGAGGAGACUCAGGUUGCUGUGAGCUCCUGCUGAGGGCGCGCGCCACCGUCUCCUGCCACGACGAGAAUGGCUGGCACGAGAUACACCAGGCGUGUAGAUAUGGACAUGUCCACCACCUGGAGCAGCUGUUGUUCUAUGGAGCAGAUAUGGGUGUCAUGAACGCCUCGGGAAACACGGCUCUACACAUCUGUGCUCUAUACAAAGAGGAACACUGUGCCAGAGUACUGCUUGUUCGUGGUGCCAACAAGGAAGUGAAGAACUACAGAAGCCAGACACCAUUCCAGGUGGCCAUCAUCGCAGGAAACUUUGAAUUGGCAGAAUUAAUCAAGAACCAUAAAGAGACUGAUAUCGUGCCUUUCAAGGAGGUGCCGGCCCAACCCACCCGUCGCCAGCAGGCCCCACGGAGUACACUAGCUGCUCCACGGUCUAUGCUCCUACGCUCCAACAGCGACAACAACCUGAACGUGAACAACCGGUCACCCCUGCCCUCGCCGAGCCACUCUCCCCUUCGUAGCUUGUCACCCCGUCGGCCCCAGCAGCAGCAGAUGCCCAGUCCCAAUGGAACAGUCAGGACCAUGGGGAAGGGGGCUCCCCGCCCUCCCCGUUCACGCUCGCCCUCCCUGGGGCGCCUGGGGGAGGAGACACCCAGACAGGUCCCCCAGCGCCAGCCCAGCCCACACAGGGGUCAAGAAGAGUUCACUGGUGGCACAGACCGCCAGGGGCCCCAGUGUAAGCUGUACAGUGCUGUGGCAGGGAAGCACUUUGUGGUGACUAAGUCCUACCAGCCACAGGCCGAAGGGGAGAUCACCCUGUACCAGAACGACAGGGUCAAAGUGCUCUCCAUAGGUGAGGGUGGUUUCUGGGAGGGCAGUGCCAGGGGUAACGUGGGAUGGUUCCCAGCAGAGUGUGUGGAGGAGACCCCUAACCAAGAGGAAAGACCAUAUGCCCGAGCAGACAGGGCUGAGAGGAGGAAGCUCUUCAGGCACUACACCGUGGGGUCCUACGACAGCUUUGAUGCAUCAAGCAACUGUGUUAUUGACGAGAAGACGGUAGUUCUACAGAAGAAGGAUAAUGAGGGAUUCGGGUUUGUGCUGCGAGGGGCGAAAGCGGACACGCCCAUCGAGGAGUUCACCCCUACACCCGCCUUCCCCGCCCUGCAGUACCUGGAGUCUGUGGACGAGGGCGGGGUUGCAUGGCGGGCGGGGCUUCGCAACGGAGACUUCCUCAUCGAGGUGAACCAGGAAAAUGUUGUGAAGGUGGGCCACAAACAGGUGGUCAAUACGAUCCGACACGGGGGCAACCGGCUCAUCAUCAAAGUGGUGACAGUUAGCAGGAAUCUGGACCCUGAUGACACAGCCAGGAAGAAAGUGGCCACACCUCCACGUAGGACUCCUCCCACUGCCCUGUCCAUGGCCAUGCGCUCCAAAUCCAUGACCUCAGAGCUGGAGGAGCUAGAUAAAGUGGAAGAGAACAUGCCUCCUCAGAAGCCCAUGUGGGACAACUCUAACACUGACAUAAGGGUCGCAAACACGGUCAAAACGCGGCCCAACAGCAGGUGCUUGGCCAUGAACCCAGAGAUGAACUCCAUGUGUGAGAGCCAGGACGUGUCGAUGCAGACCCAGACCCAGCCCAGAGAGCCAGGCAGCCCCAGAGGUCGAGGCCCCUUCCUGGGGGUGCCAAACAGACAGGGGACCAUGAGACGACAAAAGUCCAUAGGAACAUCUGAGGACACCCCUCAGUUCCUGACCCCUCCCAUGUUGAAAUUCACCAGGAGCCUAUCAAUGCCGGACACAUCAGAGGACAUCCCACCCCCGCCAGCUAUCUCCCCUCCAUCUCCUCCUUACAACAACGACCCCAACCCCCAGGGCAGAGGCUACGGCACUAUCAGACACACUGUUUCCAAAGGCACCGCCCCUGAGCGAGGUGGGGACCCCAACACGGGCGGCAGGGACAGAUGGAGGGAACAGGGGGGUAUGUACUGCACAGAGCCCCAGUCGGAACAGUAUCAGUCUGAGGACCACCACCACCACCAGGGUAGCCAGAGUCCAGGCCAAGGCCUCACAGCCCAGCAGAGCUUCCUGAACCGCAGGGCCCAGAUCCCAGAGAACCCAUACUCAGACCUGGGGAAAAUGGGCAACCUGGGCCUGUUUGCCCCCAACAAACCUCAGAGGAGGAAGGGCAUGCUGAUGAAGCAGAACAAGAUUGAGGACAGCCCAGAGAAGACCUGCACCAUAAAAAUCCCAACCAUCAUCAUCAAGGAACCCUCUACAUCUAGCAGUGGGAAGAGCAGCCAGGGCAGCAGCAUGGAGAUAGAGACUGGAUCCCAUGACCACUCAGGACAACUCUGUCCGGACGACGGACACAACCCCAGCAGUCCCUUUGCCACAGCCAUGGCAGGCGCAGUGCGAGAACGUGAGAUGAGGAUGGUGGAUUCUCACCAGAACUCCCCAUCCUACAGGUUCACCGACCAGGGUGAAGAAGACUCGCCUCCCGCGCCUGCGCCUCGCCUCCGCCACUCCAAGUCCAUCGACGAGGGAAUGUUCAGUAGUGACGAGCGCCUGCGUCGCCUCAUGGCCCCACCUGCCUCACUACUCAGCAUCCCCAGAAGAGGGGGUAACGUAGCGGUCUUCAACACUCCGGAGCCCACUGUUGUGAGAGAGCCGCUCCACACGCGCACUGGCCACCACAGCCCGGUCAGUCUGCCCACCAAGACCUAUACCUCCAGUAGUGGGCGCUACGUCCACCCAGUCACAGGGAAGCCUCUGGACCCCAACUCCCCUCUGGCCCUGGCUCUGGCUGCACGGGACCGGGCCAUGAGAGAGCAGUCCCAGCCACUCCCGCUGAAGACCGAACCGCCUAAACCUGACCUGAACAAGCCUCUGUUCAUCGACACCAAGCUGAGGACCGGCAUGGGCGCAAAUUUCUCCUCGACCGCCACCAUGGGUCGACCGGGCAGGGCGGGGCUUCGUAGGCAGAUGACAGAGGCAAAGUACGAGACAGAGUCCAAAUACGACCACCCGUUGGCCAAAGACAAGGACAAGAGUCUAUCCCGUCCUCAGAGAGAAGAGGAGAAGAAGAACAUGUUGAUAGACAUUGGUGACACGUCUCAGCAGAAGUCAGCUGGGUUGCUGAUGGUCCACACCACUGACGAGAACAACCUGUCUGUGGGGGAGAGGGACGGGGCGGUCAGUCCAGACAGCACCCCCAGUGAGCUCCGGGACCCCAACCAACCUAACACCCCCAAAAUGGCCUCCCCUAAUCCCCACAACCCCCACUCUAUGGGCCCUGGACCCAGAGGUAGUAAGACCAUGAUCACCGUCACCUCAGUAGACGAGCCGGUCAAACUACCCUUCAGUAUCCCCCCUCCACCCUGUGUUCCCUCCGUGGACAUCGACGAUGAGUUCUUUGCUGACCCACUGCCACCGCCGCUCGAGUUCGCCAACAGCUUCGACAUCCCAGAGGACCAAAAGGGGGCGAUCGCUGAGCUCCUGAAACAGCAACGAAAUGCUGGCAGGGCACCAUCAUCUCUAGCCCCCUUCUAUCCCUAUCACGGUAACACCCCAGGCCACCCUGACCAGACCAUGAUCAAACGGCCUGCGGUGCUCACCAACUGUACGCCCCCCUGCUUCCCCCACGCCCUCUUGGAGAGCUACGAUCCUAUCAGUGACUCGGGCAUUGAUGUGGAGCCGGACAGCCGCAGUAUUGGAGAUCCCCAGCUGGAGACUACAAGCACUAUGUCCACCGUAUCCAGUAUCUCCACGCUGUCGUCCGAGGGUGGCGAGGUGCUGGACAACACAUGUACAGUCUAUGCAGACAGACAGGCCUUUCUGGUGGACCGGACUUCAAAGUCAAGAACCAGGCAACCUGCCGCAAACAAGAGCAACGCACUUUACAAGGACCCUGCCUUGAUGGAUAGAGAGGAGAACAUAAGAACUUUCGCCGCACCUUCCUCCGUCCCACCGCCUCCCCCCGGGGCCAGCGUCUCCUCAGAGCCCCCCAGAACACCAACUCAAAGAACCUCCAAGCUAUGGGGAGACCCUCCAGGUUCUAACCCCCAGGACAUGCAGAACAAGGACAGGACACCAAAGCCAGGAGAGGGGAUAGACUCUUCUUCCUCAGGAUGUAGGACUGUUUUUGGAUCCAGGGGUCCGGACAGUGGGUCCCUCUCCUCAGGUACACAGCGGAAUACCACAGUCUCUUUUGCUGCCCAGCUCCCCCCGAACGUGCCUGCCCCAUCUCCAAACCGACAGACAGAGAGACCCUCCCACCACAGAGCCCCCAGCCCCAUCCUCUCUCCCCCAGACUCAGGCCUCGGCUGUGCCUCCUCUCUCCCUGCCACCUCUCCCACCCUAUCAGACGUGUUCGGCCUGCCCACCCCCCCUCUCAGCCUGGGCACGGGGAGCAGCCGCUCGCCCUCCCCCCUCACCCUCAUCCAGGCCGUCUCCAACAAGCCUUUUGCCACCAAGCCGGUUCUGAUGUGGAGCAAACACGACGUGGCCGACUGGCUGGAGAGCCUAAACCUGGCUGAGCACAGAGACACCUUCAUGGACAACGACAUCGAGGGCAGCCACCUGCCCAGCCUGCAGAAGGACGACCUCAUAGACCUCGGGGUGACCAGGGUCGGACAUCGGAUGAACAUAGAGAGAGCUUUGAAACUUCUGAUGGACAGGUGA